AUGACAUUGAGACAUUACCGGUUCUACUUAGGAUCCAAGAAGUCCGAGUGGUUCUCAAAGUCGUUGGACUCCUUGGGCACCAUCAUUUCUGACGUCGGCAUCGAAGUCGACCCCGCCAAGUGGGUGCGUAUCCGUCAGUGGCCGAUCCCUUGCAACAAGACCGAUGUCCAGCGCUUCCUCGGCACCGUCAACUGGAUGCGAGAUCACCUACCGCACCUCUCAAAGAUUUUGGAGCCGAUCACCGCGUUAAUGGCGCAAGCGACGUCAUGGCGUUGGAACGAGCGAGAACAGCAGGCUUUCGAUACCGUCAAGUCCCUUGUGCCCGCCAUCCUACGACCGAUCGAUGGCGCCAAGGUUACCUCGGGCGAGCACAAGAUAUACCUCUUCACGGAUGCCAGUCGGGUUGGCAUUGGCGCUUGUUUGGCGUCCGGGCCCAACCGUUCGCAGGCCGUUCCAACGCGAUUCUUUUCCGCUAAGUUCAACGGUGCUCAGCUCAACUAUCAUGUCACUGAUAAAGAGUUCUUGGCUGUCGUCUCGGCGUGUUGGGCGUUCGAGCAGCACUUGAUCGGUUACCCCUUCGUCAUCGUCACCGACCAUCAGGCCCUUCGCACGAUAAAAACCCAAAAACUGCGCCAAACGCCUCGGCACAUCCGCAUGUGUCUCGAACUCAGCCGUUUCGACUUCGAAUUUGAAUUCAUUGCUGGCAAGAACAACACCCUGGCCGAUUUGUUGUCGCGUCUGUGGGAGGUCAAGCAGGGUUCACACGAGGAUCAGGUCAAGGAGAAUGAGUUGGAGGACAUGUUCUUUGAUGGAGAACGCCACGAAUUCACUACACCCGGUGAGAGCCUCCCUGAGGAACGUCCUUGCACUUCACCAUCUCCCGAUCGGUUGCCUCCUGUUGAUUUUGCCCUCGGGCCCCAACACGACGAUUGCGAGGCAGGCUCUCCCGGAUACUACGCGCUCAAGGAGGAAUCGCAAGACGAGGACGUGAAUGGACAGGAAUUAGGGAAUUUGUUCUUGAAGGAAGAAUGCCACGAGUUCAUUACGCCCGGUGAGAGCCUCCUCGAGGAACGUCCUUACACCUCACCUUCGCACGAUCGGUUGCCCCCUGUUGAUUGCGCCUUCGGGCCCUGGGGUCACGGUUACGACGCAGGCUCUCCCGGUUCCCCUCAUCUGGCCGAGAACAUUAUGGACGCCGUCGAUUGGUCUAUCGGCCGCCUCUCUCCUCCCAUCGCUGUCAAUCGAGUUCACGCUAUUGCUACGGCCCCUGCCAACGACCCGCCCAUUCCGGUCGAUGCCGACGCCGACGAACUCGAUUUGUUGGGAGUUGCCACCGAUGAUGUCAACGACACCCCUGUAGUCCAUCGGCCGCCUGCUCCACUGCCCCAACCCUUCCUCGACACCGUCAUCCGAGCAUACGCCAACGAUUCGCAAGCCCAGGUCAUCAUUACCGACCCGCUAUCAUGGCCUAUGUUUCGGGUGACCGAGGAAGGGAGGAUUUUGCGUGUACAUCCAGAUGAGUCUAUUUCCUUGUUUGUGCCUCGUGGUCUCGCUACUGGCGUCGUCAACUCCGACAAGGUCCCAUCGCUGCGCGAGCUCGUGCUUUCGGAGAUUCAUCGAAGUGUCGGGCAUGCAGGACAUCGCAUCACCUUGGCCGCCAUCUGUCCUUUGUACUGGUGGUCGUCCAUGUCUGCCGAUUGCGCCGAGUUCUGCCGUUCAUGUGAAGACUGUACCCGAGGCAAGGCGUCCACUCAAGUCCCCUAUGGCCGACUGCAUCCGAUGCCGAUCCCUUCUGGUCCUUGGGAACAAGUGGCCAUCGACUUCAUGACAGGACUGCCUCCGGUCGAGCUCGAAGGGAUGAUGGUUGCUCAAAUCAUGGUGGUCACUGACACUUGGGGCAAGAUGGUCCACCUGAUUCCCCUCCCAGCCGAUGCCGACUCGGAGCUCGUUGCCGAGAAGUACUACGCCACCGUCUUCCGACUGCAUGGGAUGCCUUCCGCCAUCGUUUCCGACCGUGAUCCCAAGUUCACCUCGCAGUUUUGGCGGGCAUUGCAGGCAAAGAUUGGCACCGUCUUGCGAAUGUCAACCGCGGCACACCCGGAGACGGACGGAUCGAGCGAGAAUCGGAUCAAGAUGGUCACCCAAACCCUGCGGAUCAUGGUCUCGUCAAACCACGAGGCUUGGGCAUCUCGUCUUGUUGAAGCUGAGUUCGCUCUUAACUCUUCUGUUGCUGUGUCCACGUCGCUGUCGGCUUUUGAGGCAACCUACGGCUACCUUCCUCGAUGCUGGCCCUCGGAUUCCUGGUCUGUCUCGGACGUCCCUCGUGCGGAAGCGUUUGCUCGGAUCCGACAAUUACGGAACCUCGACGUGACGGAUGCGAUCAUUGGAGCACGCCUCAACCAGUCCCAUCAGGCCAACAAGCAUCGACGCCCAGACGACCCCGCCUUUCGGACCGGCAGUUACGUCUAUCUUUCGACAAAGAACCUGGCAGUUCCUGACGGCAUGAAGUCGAAGUUGUUGCCGCGCUACAUCGGCCCCUUCCGUAUCCGAGCGGCCAUCCCUGCGACGUCCAGCUACGACCUCGAGCUCCCUCCAGCGAUGUCGCGAGUGCACAAUCGUUUCCAUGCUCGACUGCUUCGGCCUUGCGUUGAGAAUGAUGCUGAAAGGUUUCCUGGGCGUGACCCCGCAGUUCUUUUUGUCGAAGACGUAGCCGACGCGGCCGACAAUUCUGCGAUUCCGGAACGGAUUGUUCGCGAUCGGCGGAACGCUCGGGGCGCUCGUUCGUUCUUGGUUCGAUGGGUAGGCCGUAACGACACCGACGAUACUUGGAUGUCAGAGCAGUCCAUUCGCCUUGACCAUCCGUCCGUCCUCGACGCCUACCUCGCGCGCCUCGAUCGCUCGAACCGCCGCCUCGCCGCACGGUAGACUUCCUUCUGGGGGGGACAGUGUCAGGAUGACAGCGUGUACUCGAAGGAAGCCCCCCCAAGACUAUGUGCGGGUAGAGUUGACUUGACCAGAGACUUGCCUCGUUUCACAGCAUCGUCGGUGCGAUGGCGUAGUCGUGAGGCGCGCGGGCGCGCACUCGGUGGUCGCGGGUUCGAGGCGCCCAGACCGCAGUCUUCUUUCGGUUUGUUUUAUCUUUUUGUUAACCGAGGCGCGGCUUCAGGGUUUUUACCGGUGCUCCCGCGAGCAAUCCUUUUUACCCCUGAGGCGACCUCUUGGAGUGGUUGAUUUGGCUAAGUCCCCUCUGGGCCUGGCACAGUCCCUUCCCUUUAGUUUUACCACCUUUCCCCGGGAGCUUGGUCCGCUCUUCUCUUUUGUUGCCCCUCCUCUUCUUGUCGAUCGUUUGGGAAUUAAGUCCGUUACACUUGAUUUCCUGCGAGCCUUUCGACCGACUCCCCUCCUCGGUUGCUCCCUUGUCGACUGCCGCCGCAACAGCCGACACUUCCAGAAAUCCCCCCCCCGUACCAACGCGUGUAGACGACGUCAUCCCCUCCGACGUCGCUUGUCACAACCACCUCAACUACAUCAUCAAGUACCGACCCGGCGCUCAAAACAACAAGGCCGACGUGCUCUCUCGGUGUCCCGACUUUGCCGCGGGGGGAAAAGCUUGUGAACAACCCGGUGUAGUGCUUUUACGUCCAUCCUCUAUCUCCGCCACCUUUUCACCCUCCUCAGAGAUCGCUGACUUGAUCAAGUCUCGCCUUCUUCAUGAUCCGGCAUCUCUUCGCGUCAUCAACGAUCUCAAUCGUGACGCCUCGCUUCACCCCGACUUUGCACUUCAAGAUGGCUUCCUCCUACAAUGCCACAAGAUCUACGUCCCCGAUUUCGAACCUCUCAAGGUCAAACUCCUGUGUCAAGUUCAUGACUCGCCUCCAUCUGGGCAUUUCGGCCAAGCUAAGUCCUUCGAACUGCUUGAUCGGAACUUUGUGUGGCCUGGGAUGUGCACCUUCGUCAAUGACUAUGUUCGCUCCUGCGACAGUUGUCAGCGCAACAAGCCCUCCCAUCAUCGGAAGCAUGGCCCACUUCACUCGCUCCCGGUUCCGACGAAACCCUGGUCCUCGCUCUCGAUGGAUCACAUCGUCGACCUUCCGCCGUCCUCGUCGUUGUUGAUCGCCCCACCAAGGAAGCUCACUUCAUUCCUGCACGAAAAAGCGACACUUCGAAAACCCUCGCCUCGCAAUUCAAGACCCACAUCUUUCGACUCCAUGGCCUACCCGGCGACAUCGUAUCCGACCGCGGAACGACUUUCACUUCAUCUUGGUGGACCGAAUUCCUCAAGAUGCUCGACAUUUGACCCAACCUGUCUACCGUGUUCCACCCAGAGUCAGACGGCCAAACGGAACGAACCAAUCAGAUCCUCAAGCACUACCUACGCCACUUCUGUGAUUACCAUCAAGACGAUUGGCAUGAUUUGCUCCCCCUAGCUGAGUUCUCCUACAACAAUUCCUUUCACUCGAGCAUAGGGAUGACUCCUUUCUUUGCCUCUCGCGGUUAUCACCCAAGGCUUGAAGUCACCCUCCAGGAGACUCCUGUUCCAGACGUUCGACAACAUCUUGCCGGUCUUCGCAAUGCCCAACAACUUGCACAAGAUCAGAUUCGUCAUUCUCAGGAGUCUCAUGCUCGCUACGCCAACCUUCGUCGUGCUCCCACACCUCCUCUUGCGCUCGGUCAACAAGUUAUGCUCAAUCAACGCAACAUCUGCACCACUCGGCUGUCAUCGAAGCUCGACUCCAACAAGCUCGGACCUUUCGCCAUCAAGCGCAUCAUCAAUCCCGUUGCCUACGAGUUGGACCUCCCUUCGACAAUGCGCAUUCAUCCUGUUUUCCAUGUCUCGCUCCUCAAACCUUAUCGCCCCAACACUCUGCCCUCUCGUCAGCAACCUGUGCCGCCACCACCCGACCUCAUUGACGGCCAGGAAGCCUUCGUUGUCGAAAGGAUCCUCGACUCUCGCGUUCGCCAUGGCUUGCUUCAAUACUUCGUUGAUUGGACUGGCUAUGGACCUCAGGAUCGUGAGUGGGUUGACACUUCCGAUUUCGAUGAUGACGAUGCUCUCGUCCUCGACUUCCAUUGCUUGAAACCUCGCAAGCCUGGCGCCGACCGUAUCCAACAUCUCACGGAGCUCGACGCUUAACCCGGGGGUACUGUCACGAAUGGGAGUUUCGCCACUCCAAGUUCGGCCUCUCAGCACCCACGUCAUCCGCGUGACUUCGGCCUUCCCGCGCUUCGGACCUCCUCUCCCCACUUCGGCACCUGCACUGCCUUCUUCUCCUCCAACUAUACGCUCACAACCCUCUCGCCCCCGACUCUUACGUGA